AUGGAAACAAGGCAGGCAACUGACCCCACCAGCGACAGCGUAACGAGGAGACAACUGGGAGAUCCGUUGAGAGAGUGGGCGGGCAGCCGUUGGAAGCAUUACUUCACGGCGCUUCACAGAACGGGAACAAGUGUGUUGGGCAAUGCCCUGGUCAUUCUGGCGUUCGUGGUGGACCGGAGCCUCCGCACGCAGGGCAACUUAUUCUUCCUCAACUUGGCCAUCGCCGACCUCCUGGUGGGCAGCUUCUGCAUCCCCCUCUACAUCCCCUACGUGCUGACGGGCAAGUGGAGACUCGGCAGGGGCUUGUGUAAGCUGUGGCUGGUGGUAGACUACCUGGUGUGCACCGCCUCCGUCUUCAACAUCGUCCUUAUCAGCUUCGACAGGUUCAUCUCUGUCACCAAAGCGGUCAGUUACAGGGCUCAGAAAGGGAUGACCAGAAAUGCAGUACUGAAGACUAUCACUGUAUGGAUUGCUGCUUUUCUUCUCUAUGGUCCAGCCAUUCUCAGUUGGGAGCACAUUGCCCAAAAGAGCAUCCUCCCUGAAGGAGAAUGUCAUGCAGAAUUCUUCUACAACUGGUAUUUCCUAAUGAUUGCCUCUACUAUUGAAUUCUUUACACCUUUCAUCACUGUUACAUACUUUAACUUAAGUAUUUACCUCAACAUCAGGAAACGCACAUCCCUCAGAAAUGAAAACCUAUCACCUGGUCAAGAGGACUGUGAAAUGAGUUUCCAGGGGAAAAAAAGGGAAUACGCUGUAUUUUUUGUAAAACCUGCUAAUAGACACAAACAUGAAAAGAAGAGAGCAAGCAGCCUUUCUCCCCCCAAAAAGGCUUCAAGGCUCAGCCUACAUAAGCUUGACAAUCAAGUGGACAUUGCUAACACUAUGGCAAAUAGAUUUAGGCUUUCCCGGGAUAAAAGAGUAGCAAAGUCUUUAGCAAUUAUUGUCUGUGUGUUUGGUUUGUGUUGGGCUCCAUAUACACUUUUGAUGAUCAUCAGAGCAGCUUGCCAUGGGCACUGUGUGCAGUAUUCACUCUACGAGACUUCAUUUUGGCUUCUGUGGGUGAAUUCAGCCAUUAACCCUGUUCUAUACCCAUUGUGUCACAUGAGCUUUAGGAAAGCCUUUAUAAAACUCCUGUGUCCAGGAAAAGCCAAAAUUCAUCCUCAUAUUUUAAUGUGAAAAAAAGGAAGUGUGAAGGCUGACAAUUAGUACAUCUUGCUUUCAGUGGGAGCAUAAACUGGUUAACACUCACCUGCAAGUAUUAAAUGCAAUGUGCACUGGAUAGUUUAUGGAAUACUGAUAACUAGGUACAAGUAUACAUAUUUAUGAAUGUAUAGAAAUACAGUCAUCCAUGUAGCUAGAGAAGUCACAGCAAUGAAAAGAAAGGUAAUUUCUCAAAGCUCUUUGGGAAAUUAUGCCAACAGUACAUUUUCUGGUAAUGGUGCACUGGUGUUAAAGUGCUGAAAAGGGAAUACAACAUUCAUGGCCAAUAAUUAGAGUUCAGGCUCUCUCACUUUUAGUAACUAACUGUAAAUAUUGCUGGUAAGGAAUUUCAUGAAGUGUUAACCUUGGACCUGUUAUAUUUUACUCCCAAACCCACUCUAAGACACCAAGGGUCUCAGCUGUUAAGUGUAGUAUGCUUUUUCCCCCACUUAGUGGCAAGCCAGACAAGAUCAUGGCCAAUGCAAAACGACUAAAUACUUGUCCCAUGCUUUUCCUGGUCACCAGAGGCACCAGAACCAAGAGAAGGUUACCAGAGAAGCUGAGCAAUUUUAGCAGGUAAGGAAGCACUGAUCUGAGUGGAAAAGGUGAUUGAGAAAUAAGAGUAGACUUUUUAGUAGAACUAAGUUCAGGGACAGGAAUGUAAAAGGGGUUUGAGCUUUGUAACAGGAAAUAUGAGAAUUGAUACACUGGAAUCAUUUCACCAUGAGUUUCCUCCCUCAGCUAUGAUUUCCUGCCCCCUGCCAGGAUCCUGCAUGCACAGGAAUCUACUCAAGUCAAACCUCUAUUCCGUACAGGACUGACAGGUAUUACUCUAUCUUUUACUAUAAGUAUAGAGUAGCAUAAUUAGUCUAUGAGGUCUAUGACAGACAGAUCUUGCUAUAGACAGAGCUUUAGGUAAACUUGCCUUGGAGUAAUUUUUAAAACAUUUCCCAUUAGACUUUUACUAGUUCUGGCUAGUUCUGAAAGGAAAAAAAAAUACUGUUUUCCCCUACCCCACGCAUUGAAUCUAUCCAUCCAUCAAGUCAGUGGUCAAAAAAGUAUUACUUGAAGUGUUGAGACGUUUUCCAAGUCAUGCAUCAGGAACAGCAUGACUCAAAGAAGUCCAUUAAAAUUCACAGCCUUGCUAUUGACCAUGAGUGUGAAAAACAAGAACAUAAACAACUACAUACCAUUUCUGCCAUUCUGCCUCUGCCACAAGAGAAGUUCACACAGCUAGAUCCUGAGUUUUGACUAGAUUUGUCCCACAAGCAGUAUCGAUUUGAACAUCACUAGCAAUACAAGUUUGUUUCCACCAUCAUAAGCAUUUUCUAUGUAGCUUAACAGAUGCGUUCCUUUGCUGACAAGUGAUAGCUAUUGAACAGCCGUAGUUGUCCAUUGCCACAGCCAAGAUGCAUGUUAGUACAGUUGAUCUUAAAGUUUACAGACAGUAUUUUGAAAUUAUUUACUUUGUAAAAUUUCAAUAAAAGUAAUUAAGAACUGUGGAAGAGUCAUAACUCUGUAGCCUUAACAAGUGGUACACGGGAAAAUACACUGGCCUACAGCAUUUGGGUAACUGCAGUUGAAACCGCAAAACCAUUAUUCAAAGACAAUUCCUAAGUUACAAGGACUGACCUUGAGGAUUAAACAAACAUAGUUAGCAAAUAUUGUAAACUAGGAGGGCGUAUCCCUACUAGAUGAAUGUAUCUACAUGAACAUGAUCAUCAUGUUCUGCUAUGGAUGUUUUAUAACAAUCAGCUUAACAGUUCUCUUAAGAGGAACAGCAUCAGAUACAGAGCAACAUUAAGAUUUUUGAAUAGCAUUAAUUAUACCACUGGGCAAGUAAAGCCAUUAAAUUAUCUCCCCGUUCCUCCUCCCCUCCAAGCCAGACUUAUACAUCAGUAGAUCAAUGAUCUAAUUGUUGCCUACUCCAUAAUUCUUGUUUCCUAGGAUCAUAUUUCCCUUUUUCAGAAAACAGGCAGCACUACAUUAUUGGACACUCCCACCAAGGUCUCAUUCACUAUCCAUUCAAGCCAGGACAAUUUUCACAACAGUGGUCAACUCAAGGAGUAAGGAAGUUCAAUCAGUUAGCUUUAGAACAUUACAUUCAGUUAAGGUAAAACAGACAUUUCAAAGUUUUCAGCCACUGGCAUUAACCUACAGACUAGACCAGUCUUCACAGGAGUUGCCAUUGGCAGUUGCGCUACUGCUCAAUUUCCUACAGCUUUGUCAUUUAAUUGCCACUCAUCUCUAGCACAGACCUAGAAUCCAGUAGGAUUCUCCACCACUCUGAAGAUAUGUCACAAAAGCAUUUUGACAUGUGAACACACAUCAUCUCAGCAUCAUUUGGAAAAAAACUAGUGGUUUUGAAUGAUAAAAUUCUACAUUAGAAAUGCUAGCAGCCUCCCAGCUUGUCCAGGUUAACUAUGCCUUGAUUCUUCUAUCCCU